AUGAAAGCACCACCUUUGGCUUAUCAGGGAAUGCUAGCCCAGGAUGCUGGCUACCAGAGAGGUGGUCGCCACGCCAACGCUCAAAACAUGAAAUACGCCAAGUGGGCAUACGCCAGGUGUAUCAUGAGCCAUGAGACGACAUCACCAUCAACAUUAGCUCUCCAAUUCUCACACACGAAUUACUCCCAACUAUACUCUGUGGCUUUGAAUAAGAGUAUUCAGGAAACAGAUAGUUGCAACUUCAUCUACGACAAGAAAAAGGGUAUCAAGCUAAUCUUUACCAUUUCGUGGACCAACGACGGCGAUGACUUCAUCUUUCAAAAGGAAGAGGACGCCAAAUUUUGGGAGCGAAUUGUUCGCCUAUGCAGCACGGUAUCGCCUCUGCAGAAGCGCAUCAAAACAGAGCUAGAAGGGAAAGUCUUUAGAGAGAUGCUUGAAAUUUCUGAACAAGAGUGGUCGGAAACAUGGUGUGCUGCGGUUCCUGCGCCUAAGCCAGAGAUUACUCCUCAGUACCAACCUCCUCUUAGUACCGCUACCGUCGCAGAAGAGGGGACUAGGAUAAGGAGACGCGUUGCUAGGUUUGGCUCUCGAUUUAGCAUACGAGUUCGAUUUCCGAGGUUUUCGACGAAGAAAAAGAAGAAGAAGAAGGGACAAAAUGAAGAAAUGGCAAAGGAAACUACUCCUGCUGCUUGA